CAUCAACAUGACGGCGUGCACGCUGAGGCCCAGAGGGACGGCCAACCUGUGACAUAUAAGUUCAAGUAUGUGGCAGUGAAGUGGUGAAAGGCUGACCAUGGGGGACUGGAACCUGCUGGGCAGCAUCCUAGAAGAGGUCCACAUCCAUUCCACCAUCGUGGGGAAGAUCUGGCUCACCAUCCUCUUCAUCUUCCGCAUGCUGAUCCUGGGAGCAGCUGCAGAGGACGUCUGGGAUGACGAGCAGUCAGAGUUUGUCUGCAACACCGACCAGCCGGGUUGCAAGACCGUCUGCUACGACCGAGCCUUCCCCAUCUCGCUCAUUCGCUUCUGGGUGCUGCAGGUCAUCUUCGUGUCUGCACCCUCGCUGGUCUACAUGGGCCACGCGCUCUACUGCAUCCGAACGCUGGAGAAGGAGCGUCACCGGCGGCGGAUCCAGCUGAAGGAGGAGCUAGACGAUUCAGAGCAGGCGUUGGAGGAGCAUAAACGCGUGGAGAGAGAGCUGAGGAGACUGGAGGAGCAGAAGAAAGUGAAGAAAGCUCCUCUCAGAGGCUCCCUGCUGAGAACGUACAUCAUCCAUAUCCUUACUCGCUCUGUGGUGGAGGUCUCCUUCAUCCUGGGCCAGUGCGUCCUGUAUGGAGUCCACCUGGAGCCGCUGUAUAAAUGCGAGAGGCUGCCCUGCCCCAACAGUGUGGACUGCUACAUCUCCAGGCCCACAGAGAAAACCAUCUUCAUGAUCUUCAUGAUCAUCAUCGCCGGGGUGUCACUUUUCCUGAACAUUCUGGAGAUACUCCACCUGGGUGUGCGCAAAAUCAAACAGACUCUGUAUGGAGACAGGUACAUGGAGGACGACAGCUUGAUCUACAGGUCCAAGAAGAAGUCCUCCUUGCCGCAGCUCUGUGUGAUGAGCAACGUUUCCCCUCACAACGGACCUUUGACUCAGACCUUCAAAGUGAUUCAGGAGGCGGACAUGAAACCUCCUUACUACAGUGGUGGGCUUAAAGUCGGCCACGAGCCAGUGAGGCACAACAGCUUGGCUCAUCUGGGCCAGACCGGGUACAUCUGCCCACAAGCAAGGAUACCAUUCAGGUCUGAGGACAGCUGUGUGACCCAAAUCUUCCGAACCAGAGAGAAUCCAGAGGUCCACACAGUCAUGAUGGACCACCAUCCAGGCUGGAGUUCUGCCAUGUCCACUGUAGAGGAGGACAUAGCAAGCCAAGGAGAACCCCACGAGGAGCAUUCCCAGCCAGGGCAUUUGGACACACUGUUGCCUGGCAGCACCUUAAGACCCGGAGCAAUCAGGGACCCCCUUAAAGACAACAGACGAGAGUCCACAAUCAGCCAGUUCCAAAACCCCAACCCCAGGAGGACCAGUUUCAUGACCAGGCCUCCAUCCGAGAGCUUGUCAUCCAUGACUGGCUCCACCAGCCCCUCCUUACACAGCUCAGAGGAGUCAGAUGAGCUCUGCUCACUGCAGGGAGACAUGCCCAUGAUGCCGCCCGCCGGAGGCCGAAGGAUGUCCAUGAGCAUGUUCCUGGAUAUCUCCUCCAUCAUGAAGAAGUGA